AUGACUAAUUUUAGAGACGCCAAUCUCUCCAAAUGUAAUCUCGAUAAUGCUCUCCUCCAAGAAGCUGAUCUUUCCUAUGCCAACUUAUCAGGUGCUAGUUUACGUGGUACUAAUUUAUCUGGUGCAAAUCUUGAAGGUUGUAUUUUAAAAGGAGCCAAUUUAGAGGAUCGUGGAGGACAAAGAGCAACACUGGAAAGUGUCAACUUUAAAAACUCUACUUUGGAAGAAGCCAAUUUUAGUGGAGCCAAUCUUAGAGUGGCCAAUUUCAAGGGAGCCAAUUUAGAGAAUUGUAAUUUCAGAGGUGCUGAUUUGGCCGGUGCCAAUCUCGAAGACACCAAUCUACGUGGUGCCAAUCUUCACAAAGCAAAUUUAAUAGGUGUAAAUUUAAGAGGUGCCAAUUUUGAUAUUAGAACUGUUAGUUCUAGGUAA